CACGGGGAGGGUGUAUGUGUCCGCGGUGACGGUGCUUUGACGCAUGUGUUAUGAUGCUCCGGAGAACGCGGUGACGGGUGUGUGCAUGUGUCCCCGCGGCCCCAGGUGUGCGGUACGCGAUAAGGGAAACACGUGUGCGGCAGGUGUGGCAUCGGCGUAGUGGUGUGGCUUCAAAGGAAAGUUUUAAUACAUAAUAAUAGUUGGGUAAUCGAGUUUCGUGGCGACAGCGAGCAUCAGGACACCUAAGAGUAUCCUGAGAUUCUGUUUUGGAGCUUCUAUAUAAAUUUUGAAGGAGUUGCAUCCUUUCUGGACAUCGUGUUCUUAGUUUUUCUCCUCCCGUGCUCUGUCCUCGUAACCGUAGACAGGAGGAGGAUCAAGACAGUCAACUCCAUUCGGCCGGGCAGAACACCUCGUCAUCCUCUUGAGGCCCUCAAAGAGCACCGGAGAAUCACCAGCUUCCUCAAGGCUCCCGACACAGACACACGGUGGAAGAUGUGAGGGGUCAUGUCUGCAGCUGCCCCUCGCUCCUGCCUCAAGCCGCCCCCGAGGAACCCGUGGGUGGCUGAGGACGGCGGCGAGAGCAGCACCUCGUCCAGUCAGCACCAGCAGCAGCAACAACAGCAACAGCAGGUGAACCAGCAGCAGCACAACAGUCAUCAGCAGGCACAGCAGUGCCAGCAGCAGCAGCAGGUCUGUGAGGCAGGUCGGGUUCAGGAUGUGUUGGCCCACCAGUACGCGACACCCUACCACGCCGUGUCCCAUGCGGCGCCGCGGCCCGCCCUCAGCGUGGCCCACACCGGCCACAGCAGCGCCCACAGCGUCAGCGGCCACCCGGUGGUGAGCGUGGCCAGGGCGGGCCACCCCGCCCAUGGCGUGGUGCACUCCCACACCGCCCACUCCCUGCACGCCCAUGCCCGCCCGCUGCCCAACGCCGCCCACUCGGUGCACUCGGUGCCGGGCUCGCUGCAGCAGCCUUGGGUGGACCCGCAGCUGCUGUGGAGCACGCCCGCGCUUCCCGGCGUGGGCGGCGUCUUCACCGUGGGCGGCGGCGGCGCGGGCGGCGCCGACGGGUCGUGUCCCGUGCUGCCGCCGGGCGUGUACGGCCAGACCCACGCCCUGCACGCCCUGCACCAUAUGCCGCAAGGUGGAGGCUCCAGCGGUCAAACUUCCACCACCGGAGGAGCCUGGAGUCACCCUCCCACCGGCGCGGUCCCGCAGAACAGUGGCGUGGGCGUGGGCGGGUGGGGAGUGGCGGGCGUGCGGGCGGUGGGCGGCUUGGAGGGGUCCCGCUGCGAGAGGUGCCACUACUACUGCUUCAGGGCGGCGCAGGCUGUCUUCGUGGCCGGCAUCGUCACCGGCUUCUCCCUCCUGGUGGCCGGCGGGGUCUUCCACAGGCAGCACGUGGCCCACCUACAGGUGUUGGUGUACAUCGGCGCCAUGGUGUCCCUCGUGUGCGUGGUGCUUCUGGUGAUAUUCUGUGCCAUGAACAAGGACCACAGGACUAGACGCGGCGUGCCUUUGCGUUUCUCGGGGCCGCAGGUGGUGGUGGGCGACCCUGAGGCUGUUCCCCUGCGAGCCAUAGACGCCAAUAACCCGGUGGUGGUGCCGAGCGAGACUUCCCACGGUGCCCGGACCGCCGAGAGCUGCUCCUCCAUGGACAUGUUGCACCAGAGUAACCACAGCUCCUGCAUGGUGGGCCCGCCGACCAGCCACGGGUGCCAGGCGGUGUGCUACGGCGGCGCGCCCCCCGUAGUGACCUCCAACCACAGCGGGCACGUCAACCACGGCCCUCCCAACCCCACAGACGCGGCCCUUCCCCGGCACCCACAGCAACGGAUCGAGGAUGACUACGAGGCCAGCCAGCGGUACAACAGGAUCUGGAAGCAGCCCAACAAAGCCUCCAACGAAGCCGCCUCCAAGUUGUGAAGCCUCCAUGAAACCUUGGUUGACCUGAAGCUCGGGAGGGACACGCCCUUUCCUUCCUACAAGACAUUUUGGGGCUCAGAUUCGUUGGGAAGUUGUCCUCGGUCUCGUCUCUGGUCUUUCGUCCGUUUUUUUUUUCUGGGCUACAUAGGACGCGUUUUUUUUAUUUUUUAUAUCACGUAACCUAACUCCUACAUUGUUAUCCUUUAAGACUGUCCAAACACUGCCAUCUGUCUUCAUUUUGCCCUUUCGUCCAUUGAACUAGUUUAUAAAAAGAACCACCACCUUUGCAUCUUUUUUUUUUAUAUAUAUUUUCACGUAGCCUAACUACUACAUUGUCAUCCUUUAAGUCAUUUUAUCAGCCCAAUUCCCUCCCUUUCUUCUUUUCUUCCUUUUCUUCUUUGCUUCAGCCAUCUGUCUUCAUUUUGUCCUUUCGUCAAUUAAACUAGAUUACAAAACCACCACCUUUGUAUUUUUUUUAUAUUUUCAUGUUACCUAACUACUACAGUAUCAUCCCACAAGACUUUUUUUUCACUCUAAACAUUGCCUUCUGUCUUCAUUUUGCACUUACGUCUGUUCAGCUAGUUUACGAAAAGAAGCUCCUUUGUAUUAUUUUUUAUCAGGUAACCUAGCCACGUCAUUAUCAUCCUACAAGACAUUUUCAGAGCUAAAUCACUGCCUUCUGCCUUCAUUUUGCGCUUACGUCUUUUGAUCUGAUUUAUAAAAAGAAGCACACUAUUUUUCAUCAUCUAACAUAACCACUUCAUUAUCAACCUUCAAAAGAAUAUGUUCAGACUAAACCAUUGCCUUGUCUUCACUUUACCUAUAGGUCUGUUGAUCUAUUAUACGAAAUUCACCCUAUGUCUUUCUUUUUGGAUAUGUAAACUGGCCAUUGUUUAUAUAGUUUACAAGAAGAAGCACAUUUUGUAUUUUUUUUUCUUUUUUGGAAUAUGUAACCCAACCACAUAAUUAUCAUCUUCAAUACAUUCUUCGCUCAGACUCGAAACACUAACCUCUAUCUCGACCCUGGCUUAACAUUGUACGCCCUUCUUUUUCACGAUCACGUACCCUUCCUUUGCGUCCUGUUGAGGCUCAGGUCACCACGGACACGCACAAAAUAACACACCGACGAGGCUCCGCUAGUUUUUUUUUUUCUUUUUUCACUUUCCUUCCGAUUCCUGCUAGUCAUUGUUCAUAGUUCUUCCGCCUCGUUACGCUAGUUUUCUCAACAUGUACUUUGACGCUGCAACUUUUUAUAUAUAUUUUUUAAUUUGGUUUGUCGGUGAAGAAAAAACGUGGCAUACCGAUUGAGUAAAGGCAAGGGCGACCCGUUCACACAUACACACACACACACACACACACACAUCGGCGUCUCCUGAGCAAGAAUCACACUCAUGGCCCCGGGCAUUAGGAACAAUCGAGGCUGCCAACCCCACGCUAUGCAUUACCGUUCGCGCUGUUUGUCCUUCAUCACUGUCAACACUCCUGCAGGGAAAGACAAUCAAGGGAAUGACUGCUAAUGGCCGUAAAAAAUGACUCGAUGGCCGUGAAGUCAGAUAUAAGACCAGAAUGGCUCGUCCGGUCUUCGGGUGGUUUAUUUAUUUUUUUUUUCUUCUCUGUACAGACACCAAAUGUUUUACCUUCAUCGCCCUCACUGCACGUCUCCACUUAAAACGGCAUUUUUAUCACUGUUCUUUACCACACACACACACACACACACACACACACAACCACUGUUACUACCACUAAAGCCUAAACUGCUUCUGUACCAUAUGACAUGUUCAUCCCUAAGCUGUAAAUGUUUUAUAAGUUUAUUAUUUACUGUACAGUGUGUUUAUGUGCCAAAUAUUGUAAUAGAGUUGUUUGUAACUUCAAAAUAAAUAUUUGUACAAACGACGA